GUAUUUAAAUGUAUUUACACCGUUUUAGUGUAAAUUUCACAGCCAUUUUUUUUUACUGUGCAGUUUAAAUGCCGCCUUACCACUCCAGUAUAGCAGGUGGCGCUAGUGCACCUUUACGCUGGUCACCGACCACCGGAAGAAGCAGAAACCGGAAGCUGCUAGCAGAGCUAGCUUGUUGUUGUUCUGGUGUGUGAGGAGAAUAUUUGAGGCUCUGCAGUAAAAAUGUCUUCACUUCAGUCUCUGGGAGAGUUGAUCAGCUAAAGCGACUAACUGCUGCUGCUGCAGAAAUCUUCUCACCAGGCUGUGGAAACUUUCUUCUCCUCCUCAACAACUUGGUGGAGUUCUUUCCAGAACCGGAGAAGAUAUUCUGCGGUCUUCGUGAUAAUAUGAGCUCCAGAAUCAGGUUGUGGGUGAGAAAAGCUUUUCUCUAGACUUCCUGCCCUCUGGAUCUGCUGCUGUUCCUUUGGCCUCUCUGAGAAACGCGCUCGUUUUGCUGCUUUCAUCAGAUUGAAGAGGUUCCCUCUAUCAGACUCGCUCAUCUGAGUUGGUCAUGAUGCAGGAUCGCUGCUCGCUCUCUGAUCCAUCCUGCUCACACUCUCCGACGGAAAAGCCCCGAAUCUGAAUGUGACUCUGGAGGAAAAAGCGGUUAGCUCUACUCCGUGAACUCUGCUGUUAGCUAAACACGGCUAAAGAAAACCUGCUACCACUUCAGGAUCUGGGACUGAUUCAUCGUGUGUUCUUCACCACCUGGACCUGGACAGCAUGGACACAGACUUUCAUCAGCUGGUUCUGGUUAAAGAAGAAGCUACUGAAGGACAAAAUGCUGGUGUGGACCAGCAGGACCCAGAAACUCUUCAGCUAAAGGAGGAACAGGAGGAACUCUGGACCAGUCUGGAGGGAGCACAGCUUCAUUUGAAGGAGGAGACUGAUGGUGCCAGGUUUCCAAUAACUGCAGUUUCUAUAAAGAGUGAAGAUGAUGAAGAGAAACCUCUGUUCUCACAGCUUCAUCAGCAGCAAAUAGAAAACAGAGAUGUCCCAACCAGCAGCUCAGCUGACCAGAUGACAGCAGAAACUAACAGUAACUCAGACCUGAACCCAUGUGAACAGACAGCUACUUCAGAGACCGAAGUUAGUGGUGAUUAUGAAAAGAAGGAAUCUGAGAUAUCAGACUCUGGGUCUGAAACUGGAGACGAAGAUGAUGACUGGAAUGAGUCAGGUGUUAACAAAUCAUUUAGCUGCCCUGACUGUGGUAAACAUUUUCUCUACAAAUGGUCACUCCAGAAACAUAUGAGAGUUAAAAAUCAUUCAGCAAUAAGGUCUUCAGGCUGUUUGGUUAACAAGAAAUGUGUUCGAGUGAAAAAACAUGUUGACUCAUAUCGUAAAGUCCAAAAAGAACAAACAGCAUUUAGUUGUGACAACUGUGGAAAAAGAUUUAGUUAUAAAACAAAUCUAAACAGACACAUGGGAGUCCACACAGGAGAGAAACAUUUUACCUGUGAACUCUGUGGACAAAGAUUUAGCCAAAAAGCACAUUUAAACAGACACGAUAAACUCCACACAGGACAGAAAACUUUUACCUGCGAACUUUGUGGACAAAGAUUUAGCCAAAAAGCACAUUUGAACAGACACAUUAAACUCCACACAGGACAGAAACCUUUUGUCUGUGAGCUCUGUGGACAAAGGUUCACUCAAAAGACAAGUUUAAAUAGACACAUGAGCAUCCACACAGGACAGAAACAUUUUCUUUGUGAGCUCUGUGGACAAAGAUUUACUCAUGAGAAAAUCUUAAACAAACACAUGAGCAUCCAUACAGGACAGAAACCAUUUACCUGUGAGCUCUGUGGACAAGGAUUUAUUCAUAAGACAAGUUUAAACAGACACAUGAGCAUCCACACAGGACAGAAACCUUUUGCCUGUGAACUAUGUGGACAAAGAUUUAAUCUUAAGACAAGUUUAAAUAGACACGUGAGAGUUCACACAGGACAGAAACCAUUUGCCUGUGAGCUCUGUGGACAAAGAUUUACUGAAAAGACAAGUUUAAACAGACACGUGAGCGUUCAUACAGGACAGAAACCUUUUGCCUGUGAGCUCUGUGGACAAAGAUUUGCUCAUAAGAAAAAUCUAAAUGAACAUAUUAUAAUCCACACAGGACAGAAACCAUUUGUCUGUGAGCUCUGUGGACAAAGAUUUACUCAUAAGAAAAAUUUAAAUGAACACAUUAGAAUCCACACAGGACAGAAACUAUUUUCCUGUGAGCUCUGUGGGCAAAGAUUUGCUCAUAAAAAAAAUGUAAAUGAACACAUGAGUGUCCAUACAGGACAGAAACCUUUUACCUGUGAACUAUGUGGACAAAGAUUUACUCGAAAGACAAGUCUAAACAGACAUGAGAGAAUUCACAUAGGACAGAAACAUUUGCCCUGAACUCUGUGGAAAAAUAUUUAAGUGAAAGACAAGUUUAAAGGGGUGGAAAAAUGCAAAGCAAUAUUUCCUUGUUGUUGUUGUUGAAUAAGCACAGCUUUUUUGCUCAAAUGUAGCAUACCAAAAAGUCAAAGCCAUGUGAGACCUGCUUUCUAUGUAAAAUAGAAAUGUAAAAAAGGUGAGAGAAAAACUCCUGCUUUGAGCGAGGCUAAGAUAUUAUGUCAUAAAGCCUGCCGCACAUGUGAGCAAAAACUGCUGAGCAAACAGCCUCGAAAGACUGUUUGCUAAGCAGAUACCUUGCUGUGUGCGCCAAAUUUUCACUGAGUUUUCAGCCUCACGAGACGCUGAGGUGAAUAUCUGACCGGUUUGAUAUUUUCCACCUCAUGGGGGUAAAAACUUGCCUUGUGCACGCUAUGUGAGCUGCUGGCUGAGCUGACAUAUUCUAGUGGAAUAUUCUUGACAAAUCAUUAUUUAGCAUAUCAGAAACAUUAUAUUUACAUUUUUAAACCAUAUGGGGAGAAUUGUCCAUCCAGCUGUAUUUCAGGGCUGCCAGUUUUCAUGCAUCGAGCAUGACACACUCAUUUGACUGUUUUCACAUGCUCUCAUUUCACCCCCGCCCACUGUCAUGGCUGACGGAGGGACAACAAGCGGGGAAAUUGCUACAAAAAUGGCAAGAAAAUGGCAGUUAACAAUGGAAGAGAGACAGACCAUCAUAACACCUUAAAAUGUAGGUCUUUCCUACAGAGAAAUUUCAAAGAAAGUCAAGGUGUCAGUGAGUACAGUUUCCUUCACCAUCAAAAGGCACUCAGAAACUGGGGCAACCUCUGAUAGCAAGAGGUCUAGCCACAACUGCAUCAGAGGAUAGGUUUCUGAGAGUUAACAGUUUGCGUGAUAGGCGGCUCACAGGACAACAGCUUCAAGCAAAGCUUAAUAGUGGUCGUAGUAAGCAAGUCUCAGUUUCAACUAUGAAGAGAAGAAUUCAAGCUGCAGGUUUGACAGGACGAGUUGUAGCAAGAAAGCCACUGCUAAGACUUCAGAAUAAGAGAAAGAGGCUUGCCUGGGCCAUGAAACACCGUCAUAGGACUACUGAAGACUGGAAGAAGGUAUUAUGGACUGAUGAAUCCAAAUUUGAAAUCUUCGGUUCAUCACGCAGGAUCUUUGUACGCCGUCAAGUAGGUGAAAGGAUGGUUCCACAGUGUGUGGCAUCAGCUGUCAAACAUGGAGGAGGAAGUGUAAGUAUAAGCACUUACAUUUAGAUUCAAUUAAAGGUUUGAGAUUCUAGUCAGAGUACAUUUCUCCCCAUGUGCUUUAAUAUGUGAUCACCAUAAUUCUAAUGCUUUCAACUUUACUUUUUUUAUUUUUUGUUUGCAAUGUGUAGCCUACAUUUUUAUUAAAUGUGUGUGUGUGUGUGUGUGUGUGUGUGUGUGUGUGUGUGUGUGUGUGUGUGUGUGUGUGUGUGCGCACGCGUGCGUUCAGGUGUAACUGUGGAAACUGCUCUAUGUCCACAUAGGUUGAAAUCAGUGCUGCAGAGAAAUUUCCAAGCUCAGCCUGCUUUGCUAAUGUAACAUUUUGUAAGUGGUUACUUUUAAUAAAUUGUCAAUAGAAUAUAAAGGCAUUCAAUAAAAUGUAAUGUUCCAUAAAAUAUAGAUUAUCAAUAUUAUUGAACCUUUAUUAUUUGAUUGAUGAUGAAAAUAGGUAUUGUGGGUAUGCCAGGGAACCAACACUCACCAUCAUAAAAAUGUAUUAUUAUAUUUCUACCACUAAUGGUCAUACAGGGUGGAUGAUUAUGAAGGAUGAUUUAAGGUAAUAUCAACUGAGACAACAAAUAAACCGAUGAAACAUGAUCUUAGAUGUUAUUAAGAGC